AUGUCUGAGUUAGAAAAACUGAAGGAAUUUUUGAAAGACAUCCUCCUCGUAGAGGUUUUGAAAUGGAAUCGAAAAGUUUUGCAGUCACAGAGGUCUAAACUUUUCGCCCACAUUUCGAUUCCUUCGUUUUUGGACUGCGUAACUGACGUGUACAGAACAAGUAAGACCAUGGAAUAUUCACUACUAUUUUACGCCGUUGUGCUUUUGCCUUUGGCACAAAGCCUUACAGACACAGGGUUAAUAGAAUUUAUCAAUUCCAACCAGUCUUCAUGGAUUGCUGGAAUGAAUUUCCACAAUCAAACGAAGGAGGAGAUUUUACCAUUAUUUCAUGGAGUUCUUGGACUUCACCCAGAUCCCAACUUUACAGUGCCUAUGGUCACUCAUAACAUCGACCAGACUACAAUUCCUGUAAAUUUUGAUGCAAGAAAUACAUGGCCUUACUGUGCAAACAUUAUAGGAAACAUCAGAAACCAAGGAACUUGCGGCUCCUGCUGGGCUUUCUCAGUGGCCGAGGUUAUGUCAGACAGACUAUGCAUACAGAGCGGAGGAAAAGUCAACGUUCAGUUGGCUCCCGAAGAUAUUCUUACGUGCUGUCACACCUGUGGUAACUACUGCUUUGGAGGUUACACUGGGAGUGCAUUUCAGUACGUGCAGAUGUAUGGAGUCAUCCAAUAUUGUAUAUUUGGUUGCAAGCCGUAUGGAGCAUCUGAAUACUAUUAUAAUACGGCAAGUCCAUGUCAGCAAACCUGUUCGAAUACGUUAUACCAAACUCCAUACUCUUCAGACAAACAUUUUGGCACAAAUUAUUACCAGAUAAACCCAUCAGAGCUACAAAUUCAGGCUGAAAUUUUUGCUAAAGGAUCAGUGGAGGCCGAUUUUACGGUUUAUCAAGAUUUUUGGUACUACCAAUCAGGGGUGUAUUAUCAUACUUCCGGACAAUACACAGGUCAACAUGCUAUUAAAAUUAUAGGAUGGGGAACUGAGAACGGAAGUCCAUAUUGGUUGGUGGCUAAUUCGUGGGGAAAAAACUGGGGAUCAUUAGGUGGAUUUUUUAAAAUACUGAGAGGUCGGAAUGAGUGUGGUAUUGAACAGCGGGUACUUGCGGGGAAUUCCAGGUAUUAUAUGUCGGGAGAAUUAAACGAUAACAGUACUAAUACAAACAGUACUCAUUCUUAUACUGUGGGACAUCCAGGCUGUAUUUUAGGUCUGUUAAUUAGUUUGUAUUUUUGUAUUAUUGCAUCUCUAUGAUAUUCGUUUAUUAUUAUUAUUAUUAAUGAUAUUAUAUUUUAUUUUUGUUUUUUUAACGUUCACUAGAAGCAACUAUAUUAAUUCUUGCUUCUGUUUUUGU